UGCAGCAGUCCUGGGGAACUCUCUCUCCAUGGCACUGCCCCCGCUAUUUCCGUUGGGGAGACGGAAGUCCCUCCCCAAUGCCGGAAGUGCAGCGGCCUUACUUCCGCAGAGUCUCUUGAGACGCGAAGUAGAUUGGUUUCCGGCCCCGGGUGGGCGCGGACUUGGUUCAGUGCGCGCUUCGGAGCGGUGUCCCGGGAGCGCGGUCCUGCGGGCCGCUUGCGCGGGGAUCCGGGGAGACUGCGGCCGCGCGAGGAGAGCUCCGAUCCGGGUGCGGGGCAAGUGCAAGGCCAUGAACGGCACGGCGAACCCGCUGCUGGACCGGGAGGAGCACUGCUUGCGGCUCGGGGAGAGCUUCGAGAAGCGGCCGCGGGCCUCCUUCCACACGAUUCGCUAUGAUUUUAAGCCAGCAUCGAUAGACACUUCCUGUGAAGGAGAACUCCAGGUUGGCAAAGGAGAUGAAGUCACCAUUACGCUGCCACACAUCCCUGGGUCCACGCCGCCAAUGACGGUGUUCAAAGGGAACAAGCGGCCCUAUCAGAAAGACUGUGUGCUCAUUAUUAACCACGACACUGGCGAGUAUGUGCUGGAGAAGCUGAGCAGCAGCAUUCAGGUCAAGAAGACAAGAGCUGAGGGAAGCAGUAAAAUCCAAGCUCGAAUGGAGCAGCAGCCCGCUCGUCCCCCACAGCCGUCACAGCCACCCCCUCCACCUCCACCCAUGCCGUUCCGAGCCCCAACGAAGCCUCCAGCUGGACCCAAAACUUCUCCCCUGAAGGAUAACCCCUCACCUGAGCCCCAGUUGGAUGACAUCAAAAGAGAGCUGAGGGCCGAGGUGGACAUCAUUGAGCAGAUGAGCAGCAGCAGUGGGAGCAGCUCCUCCGACUCCGAGAGCUCCUCGGGAAGUGACGACGACAGCUCCAGCAGCGCAGGCGAGGACAAUGGCCCAGCCUCACCUCCCCAGCCCUCACACCAGCAGCCCUACAACAGCAGGCCUGCGGUGGCCAAUGGAACCAGCCGGCCCCAAGGAAGCUCUCAGCUCAUGAACACGCUCAGAAAUGACCUGCAGCUAAGUGAGUCUGGCAGUGACAGUGAUGACUAGCACCAGGCUUUUGAAAUCUGCUUUCUGGAACUCAAACAUGCUGCAAGACCCAGCUCCACCUGCCAGGACCACAUGUCACAGGAGGAUGUUGCAGAUCAGAGCCAAUAGGAGUUAAGGCCUGGAAGCACUCAGAUACUCAGUCUUUAACUUGGUGGUGGUGGGUAAUUUUCUCAUGUAAUUUUUAAACAAUCUCUUGAUUCAGAGUUUAUUUAUAGGAGAACUAACAGCUUUUAUUUGGUUAACAUUGUUAAUGAAAAGCAGACCAAUGUACCCUGGUCUAGGAUACUCAAAAUCCAUAUUUUCAUAGGUCAGUGAUUGAGCAGCUCAGUUAGGCUGGGUGAUCUCUAUCAGUAAAAUACAAGUCUUUUAAGGGCACGGAAAGAAAAGAGAUCCUCAAAUUGUGUCAUAGAAAUACAUUAAGACCACUUUACAGUGUUGAUACAAAGUGGUAAGGAAGUUUGUGACCUAGUUUGACCAGACCAUAGAAGUUGGCCUUGGCAGAGUCUUUGGGUCAGUUGGGGUGUGUGUGUGUGUGUGUGUGUGUGUGUGGCGCGCGCUGGAGAUCCAAUAGCUCAGUCCAGCACAGCUAGGAAAAGGGACGCACACAGCAGGGAACUGCCAGUCACUGUCCCUGGGCGAGCUUGCUCGCGACUUCCUCUUUUGCAUUACACUUGCUGGCUUCAGAUUCUUUGGCAUGGAACUUUCUAUUGGAUUCCGAAAGACAAAAGCAUUGCUGGCAUUCAGCUUGGGUUCAGACUCAGAAUGUGCUGGGCAGUUCCAGCACAUUCAAGGCAGAGUGAGCAGAUAGCACAGCUGCCGUCAGUCGUGCUGACACACACCCUCAGCUCAUCUGAGGAGUUUGCUUCUGUGCAGAUCCAUCCCUAGGUUGUUCUUCAUUCCCAGGAUGUUAGCAGAGGGUAGGAAUCAAAGAGGGAUGUGGUGAAGAACCUCUGAGCACAUUAGCCAGCAGCAAGGCUCCACAGGUGAGAAUCCAGACAGGAGUUGGGCAGUAUGGAACAGUCUUUAGAAGCUGUUUGCUUUGUGCCGCUGUUGGUGCCUGACUCCCAGUCUCGUGGGUUAUUUUUAUAGAAGAGAAUCACAAGAUUGCCUUUUGCUGUGUGCCAUUUCCAAAUAAAUGUUCUUGCUGGAAACUGGUCACUAGUCAGUGUUGCACAUUGAGGAAGUAUGUGGUGACUUAUGUGUCUGCCCAUCUUUGUGGUCUGAAUGAAUAUAUCCUAGGAAAUCCCUAUCUUUUCGCUUUAAGACAUUAACAAUGCUGUUCUUUCCUCCUGCAUAGUGGAGGAAGGUGGUCUGGACCUGGUGGGGCCUUAGGUCAUAUAGAUUAGCUUUGUGGUCGACACACCAUACAGAUCAGCUGAUCCUCUCAGAGACUGAAGUGAACUGAGAUGGGUGGGGCCGUUGCCCAGCAGCACACCUACCCCUCUCUGCACAAGCUCAGAUGUCGAGUGUGCACCCAUACUCUCUGCUCAGUCUCAGCCCACUGGGAGAUGCUCUGUGGAUCCAUGGCAGGUGGAACCUAUUUAUAGCAAAUAAUUGCUUUAAUAAUUCUUUGGUAAUGCCGGGCGUGGUGGUGCACGCCUUUAAUCCCAGCACUCGGGAGGCAGAGGCAGGUGGAUUUCUGAGUUCGAGG